AUGGUGUUGGAGAAAACCCUCAGGUAAGACACGCACGCACACACACAACACACACACACACACACACACACACACACACACACACACACGACACAGACACACACAAACACACACACACAGACACACACAAACACACACACACACAGACACACACACACGCGACACAGACCACACACCACGCACACCACACACACACCACACAACACCACCGACACAGACACACACACACACGCACCACAACACACACACACCACCACACAGACACACACACACAGACACACACAAACACACACACACACAGACACACACACACGCGCACACAGACACACACCAACCACCACACAACACACACACACACGACACAACACACACACACCGACACAGACACACACCACACACCAGACCACACUACACACACACAUGACACACACAGACAGCAGACACACAGACACAGACACAGACACAGACACCACACCUCACCGAUGAAGCCAGUCUCUUAUUAUGGCCCUUAUGUGAUGAGAGUGAGUUGGUUCAGAGCGAGACAGAGCAUUGAGCCGGUUUGGAUAGGAGAGCUGAGAGUUGGUUCAGAGCGAGACAGAGCAUUGAGCCGGUUUGGAUAGAAAUGAGAGCUUGAAGAUGGUUGGAUAGAGAGCUGAGACAAUGCAUUGAGCCGGUUUGGAUAGGAGAGCUGAGAGUUGGUUCAGAGCGAGACAGAGCAUUGAGACGGUUUGGAAAGGAGAGCUGAGAGAUGGUUCAGAGCGAGACAGAGCAUUGAGACGGUUUGGAGAGGAGAGCUGAGCACAUUCACUGCAUUCACUCAGGCACGUCUAAACAACCUCCUUGAGUUCAGAAUAGACUGAUAAACACUCUGUACCUACUAUCCUCCUCCACAACUGUCCUAUCUACCCUCAAGUGACAGUAGAGUACUUCGCCAGGCCUUAUCCCAAAUUAAUUUAUGUCAAUGGGUCUGACCACACACUUGAAGCUGUGAUUCAGAACAAGGCUGUGUUUAUUUAGCUGGCUAACAGAUAUAUAAUGAAAGUUGAUUAGUUCAUCCUAGCCUCCUGAAGAGGUGUUAUCAAACAGUUUGUGUGCAUGUGAGUAGUAGUAGUAGUAGUAGUAGUAGUGUAGUAGUAGUAGUAAUAGUAGUUGUUUGGUAUUAUAGUAGUAGUAGUAGUAAUAAUAAUAGUAGUAGUGGGUAGUAUUGGUAUACGUAGUAUAGUACUGGUAGUAACAUAGAUAAUCCCAUAGUCAACACAAACAAAACACCGAACCAAGUAGUAUUAAUCGUAUAAUAUAGUAGAUAGUAUUCAGUAACGCCGUAAUAAUAGCGUAGUAGUAAGUAGUGUAACUAGUGUAAUAAGAUUCCGCAGUAAGCUAUACGUAGUAGCAUAAGUAUCUAGUCGUAUGUACAGCGCUCAGUAGUAGUCAUAAGUAGUCAGUAGUAGUAGGUAAGUAAACACGCAGUAAGACUAAUAGGCAGUACGUAGUAGUAGGCUAUAGUAGGUAAGUAGUCAGCAGGAGUCGUAACGUCAGUGUAACUAGUAGCCUAAGUAGUAUAAAUAGUAGUAAUUAAGUGUAGUAGUAGCAGUAAUAGUAGUAAGUGUAGUAGUAGUAGUAGUGUAGUAGAAGUAGUAUAAUACUAGUAGUAGUAUAGUAGUAAGCCAUAAUAGUUAGGAUAGUAGUAGUAGUAGUGUAAGUAGUAGUAGUAAGUAUAAUAGUAGUAAAGUAGUAAUAAUAUAGUAUAGUAGUAGUAGUAUAUAAGUAGCCAUAUUAGUAAUAAGAGUAGUGUAGUAGUAGUAGCAGUAAUAGUAGUAGUAGUAGUAAGUAGCAGUAAUAGUAUAGUAGUAGUAGUGAGGUAGUAGUAGUAGCAGUAAGUAGUAUAAUAGUAGUAGUGUAGUAAGUAGCGUAAAUAGUAGUAGUAUUAGUAGUAGUAGUAGUAAAGUGUAAUAGUAUAGUAGUAGGAAGUAGUGAAGAGUAGUAAUAGUAGGUAGUAGUAUAGGCAGUAGUAGUAUAGUAGGAGUAGUAGCAGUAGUAUUACUAUAGGAGUAGCAGUAAUAGAGUAGUAAUAUAGUAUAGCAGUAAUAGUCUAUGUAGUAGUAGUAGUAUAGUAGUAGGAGUAGCAGUUGUAGUUAAGAAUAGUAGUAUAGUAGUAGUAGCAGUAUAGUAUAGGAGUAGUAGUAGUAGUAAUAAUAGUAGUAGUAGUAGUAGUAGCAUAAUAGUAGUAGUAGUAGUAUGUGUACAGUAAUAAAGGAGUCAGUAGUAGUAGUAGCAGUCUAGGAGUAGUAGUAAGCAGUAGGCAGUAGUAGUGUAAGUAGUAGUAGUAGUAGUAGUCAGCAGGUAGUAGUAGAUAGUAGUAAUAGUAGUAGUAGUCGUAAAUCGUAGGAGUAUUAAUAGUAGUGUAGUGAGUCAGUAAUCGUAUCACUAAUCUUAGUAGUCGUAGUAGCAGUCCUCGUUAGUAGUCAGUAGUUCGUCGUCGGAGUAGUGUCAGAAUAAGUCGUAGCAUAAUAGUAGUAGUAGGAAGUAGUAGUCUAUAAGUCGUAGUAGUAGCAGUAGUAAAAGAAUAGUAUAGUCAAGUAGUAGGAGCAGUAAAUCGUCGUAUUAGUAGUCGUAGUAGGAUAGUAGUAGUAGGCAGUAGUAGUACAUAAAGUCAGUAGUAGUAGUAGUAGCAAGCUACAUACGUCAUAGCUAGACGACUAGUACGUAAGUACUAGCAGUAAUAAGAUCAAGUAGUAGUCAGUAAGUCAGCACGUACUAAGUACGUAGAUAAGUAGCAGUAGCAGAGGAGUACAGUAAGUAGUACUAGUACAGUAAGCAGAGUAGUAGUAGUAGUAGUAAAUUACGUAGUAGUAGAUACGUAGUAGUAGCGAGCAGUAGUAGAAUAAUAGUAGUCACUAGGAGUAGGACGCAGAUAAUAGUAGGAGGAGUAGUAGUAGUAGUAAGUAUAGAGUCAGGAGUAGUGUACGUAUAGUACAGGAGCAGAUCAUGAGUAGUAGUAGUAGUAGUAAGAGUAGGAGAGAUGUAGUAAGUAUAAGAGUAGAUAGUAGUAGUAGUAGUAGUAGGAGUAGGAGUAAUAGUAUCUGUCGUACCGUGACUCCUACGUUAGUGGGCUCCUUGCCCUCUAUCAGCUUGUAGACAGACGUUAGGGCCUCCUCUUUGCUCUGCCCUUUAAACCUCUUAGGGGCCAGCUCCUCCAGGGCUCUCUGGAAUUCCUCGUAGGUGAUCACCCGAGACGUCUUCGCUCUGCACCGUCAGAAAACAACAGCCGUUCCACAACACUGAUCUGAAGUGGAUUUAAACUCUACUACAGUCAGAAACAACAGCCGUUCCCCAACACUGCUCUGAAGUGGAUUUAAACUCUACUACAGUCAGAAACAACAGCCGUUCCACAACACUGAUCUGAAGUGGAUUUACUCAAGUAUGAUCAGUACUAGUAUAAGUAUUAUACAAUAAUCAUCAUCAUCAUAAUAAUGGGCCAAUUGCAACCAACAUUGGCCACUAUAUUAUCGCCAGCUGAUCUGUCUUAAAUCAUGGGCCAGUUCAUUUUGUAUGGCCCAGUGCCGCGAGUGGGUGGAGAUUUCACUUAAGGACCAAUGCAAUGGUCUAAAAUGUGCAAACUCCGCCCCCACCCGGGGGCACUGGGCCACACAAAACAAACUCGCAGAUGAUUUAAGAGAGAUCAGCUGCCGAUAAUAUAGUGGCCAAAUGUCGGUUGCAAUUGGCCCAUAAAUAAUAAUCAUCAUCAUCAUCAUCAUAAUAGAGUAAUGUAUUACAUCGUUGUUAUGUUGUAGCGGUUGUUAUUGAAACUCACUUGACUUUAGUGAAGACGAUAUCCACGUCAGUGCCGGUGACGUUCUUCCCGUCGAUGAUCUUGCAGUCCUUACACAGCUUGGCCCAGUUCUUCCCGUUCAUCUCCUUCCCUGUAGCCUUGGUGUCUCCGUGGAUCGCAAACUUCUUAAAGGAGUUCAUCAGAUGCUCCAGGUCUGUGCUAUCCGCCAUCUUGAAGAAUAUCUACAAAAUAAGACAACAGGGCCUCAGCCAUUAAAUGAAUGAUGCACUUUGUCUGACAGUAAAGCAUGUCUUCAAAAAAUAAGCAGGUGAAUUUAAAGCUGACUGAUUACAAAACAGGACAACAAGACUUUCUAUAAUGUUUUUUUUUGCAUAGUAUAGUAUGUCUUUGAAUGGCAUAUGAAAUGCAUGCUUGAUCAUAUACCUUGUCAACUACUAAACAACAUGUCAAAGUUGACUUGACUGAUUCAUUGUGUUAGUUUGUACUACUCAUAACGUCUGUCUCUGCUCCAGAUGACCCUCGGGACUUUAAAAUGAAUAUCACAUGUCCUCUAACUUAACUCUAUUUGACCUCUCAGACCUUUCCUUCAGGGCUCUGGGUUCACACCAUCUGGUGUAAGGAUUCCUUUUUAUAAAGAGAGGAGAGAGGAGGGAAGAGGAGAGAGGGAAUAGAGGAGGAGGGAAGAGGAGGAGGGAAGAGGAGGAGGGAAGAGGAGGAGGGAAGAGGAGAGAGGGAAGAGGAGGAGGGAAGAGGCGGAGGAGAGGAUGAGGGAAAGAGGCUCCGCUCUGCCACCUGCGUCGCCUCGCCAGAUAUAGUGUCACGCGUUAGAAGUCUCAUGGGCCGUCUCCUGCGCCAGCGCCGCGCGCCGCCCCGCGGCUCGUCUGCCAGGCGCAAAAUAAAAUGCCGGAAGUCGGUCCCCCUGCCGUGUCCGUCGCCGUGACAGUGCGGGGCUCUCUCGUCCGCUCGUCAACCGUCGCGGCAGGCGAGCGCCGCACCGGGGCUGUGCGCAUCUCCAGCGGGAGCCGCGUGCAGUGUGAGAUCGCACAGGCCGGGUCCAAGCGUCCGCACAGAGCGCGCGCGCGGUCGCCCGCGCGUCGGCCGCACUAGACCGAUGUCCUCGUGAAGCGCGAUGCCCUAUUGCCGAAUUCCUUCUCUCUCUCUCUCCAUUCCGUUCUCUCUUCUUCAACUAGUCACGUUUUUUCCUUAGGCGUAGCUUUAAUAUUCAUCUAUGCCUCUGCUUCUUUCACUCUUCUGCUUGACAGUAGAGCUCCUUCUGUCUUCUUUCCUCGAUAGUCAUCCUCUCUCUUUAUCGAUUAGUCCUCGUCUUCUUGACCUCUUCCUUCUUCCCUCUCAUCUCUCCCCACACAACCCCACUUAGGCUUCUUCCCUCUCGCUCUCUCCUCCCCUCUUCCCUCCUCCUCUUCCCUCCUCCUCUUCCCUCUCUCUUCUUCCCUCCUCCUCUUCCCUCCUCCUCUUCUCUCCUCCUUCCUCCUCACUCUUCCCUCCGUCCUUCUCUCCCUCGCUCCAUCUAUACCCUCUCUCCUCCUCCUCCUCCCUCUCUUCUUCCCUCCUCCUCUUCCUCCUCCUACUUCACCUCCUCCUCGUUCCCUCUCCUCUUCACCUCUCAUCCUCUUCCCUCCUCCUCUUCCCUCCUCCUCUUCUCCUCCUCCUCCUCUUUUCCCUUCCUCCCUCUUCCCCUCCUCCUCUUCCUCCUCCUCUUUUCCACUUCCUCCUCUUCCCUCCUCUCCUCUUACUCCUCCUCUUCCACUCCUCAUCUUCCCUCUCCUCGCUCCCUCCUCCUCUAUUCCCUCUCUCCUCUUCCCCCCUCCUCUCUCCUCUCUUUAUAAAAGGAAUCCUUCCACAGAUGUGUGAACCCAGAACCCUGAGGAAAGGAUCGGAGAGGUCAAAUAGAGUCAAGUUAGAGGACUUUGAUAUCUUUUACAGUCCCGAGGGGUCAUCUGGAGCAGAGACAGACGUUAUGAGUAGUACAAACUAACACAAUGAAUCAGUCAAGUCAACUUUGACAUGUUGUUUAGUAGUUGACAAGGUAUAUGAUCAAGCAUGCAUUUCAUAUGCCAUUCAAAGACAUACUAUACUAUGCAAAAAAAAAAAAACAAUUAAUAAAGUCUUGUUGUCCCCUGUUUUGUAAUUCAUCAGCUUUAAUUCACCUGCGUUUUUGUUUUGAAUGACGGCUUUUACCUGUCAGCAAAGUGCAGCAGUCAUUUAUGGCUGAGUGCCCCCUGUUGUCUAUUUUUGUAGAUUUCUGUCAAGGAUGGCGGAUAGCACAGACCUGGAGCAUCUGAUGACUCCUUUAAGACGUUUGGCGAUCCAGGAGACCACCAAGGCUACAGGGAGGAGAUGAACGGGAAGAACUGGGGCCAGCGGUUGUAUGACUGCAAGAUCAUCGACGGGAAGAACGUCACCGGCACUGACGUGGAUAACGUCUUCACUAAAGUCAAGUGAGUUUCAAUAACAACCGCUACAACAUAACAACGAUGUAAUACAUUACUCUAUUAUGAUGAUGAUCUGAUGAUUCUUAUUUAGGGGCCCAUUGGCAAACCGACAUUUGGGCCACUAUCUUAUCAGGACCGGCAGCUGAUCUCUCUAUUAAACUACAUCUGCGAGUUUGUUUUGUAGUAUGUGGCCCAGUGCCCCCGGUGAGGGGCGGAGUUUUGCACAUUUGUCGCCGCAGUGCAUUGGUCCUUAAGUGAAAUCUCCACCCACUCGCGGCACUGGGCCAUACAAAAUGAACUGGCCCAUGAUUUAAGACAGAUCAGCUGGCGAUAAUAUAGUGGCCAAUGUUGGUUGCAAUUGGCCCAUGUAUAUUGAUGAUGGAGAUUAUUGGAGAAUACGUUAUAACGGUACGGAAUCAUACUUGAGUAAAUCCACUUCAGAUCAGUUUUUGUGGAACGGCUGUGUUGUUCUGACUGUAGUAGGUGUAAAUCCACUUCAGACAGUGUUGUGGACGGCUGUUGUUUCUGACUGUAGUAAUAGAGUUUAAUCCACUUUAAGAUCAUGUUGUGGAACGGCUGUUGUUUUCUGCCGGUGCAGAGCGAGACGUCGCGGGUGAUCACCUACGAGGAAUUCAAGAGCCCGGGAGGAGCGGCCCCUAAGAGUUUAAGGGCAGAGCAAAGAGGAGGCCCUAACGUCUGGCCUACAACUAUAGAGGGCAAGGAGCCCACUAACGUAGGAGUCACGUAACGAGAGAUAUAAUACAUACUAAUACUACUACUACUACUACGACUACUACUAUUUACUACACUACUACGACUACUACUAUACUACUACGACUACUACUAAUAUCACUACUGCUACUACUAAUACUACUACUACGAAUGGUUACUACUAAGACUCUACUACUACUACUACUACUAUUACUGCUAAUACUCGACGACUAACUAUUAUAUACUACUACUGCUCUACACUACUACUACUACUACUAUUACUACUACUACUACUCUAUGCUACUACUACUACUACUACUACUACUACUGCUACUGCUGUAAUACUACUACUAUUACCUGCUACUACUACUACUACUACUAUUAUAACUGCUACUACUACUACUACUACUACUAACUACUGAUUACGGCUAUACUACUAACACUAAUAUUAUUACUACUACGGGCUACUACACGACUCCUCUACUACGACUACACGACUAUUUACUGCUACUACUACUACUACUUACUAGUAUUACUACUACUGCUACUACUCUACUACUACUACUACUACUACUAACGACUACUAUUAACUGCUACUACUAGUAUUACUACUACUGCUCUAACUACUACUAAUAACUCUACAUUCUGCUACCUACGACUACUACUAUUAUUACUACGAUUAUACGACUACUAACUACUAAGGACUAUACUACGAUUACUACUACUACGACUAUUAACGUACCUACACUAACUACUACGGCUACUACUACUACGAUACUAACUAGACUACUAUAAUGCUACUGCUGACGACUACUACUAUUACUGCUACUACUACUACUACUACUAUAUUACUACGGCUACUACUACUAAUACUACUACUAUUACGGCUACUACUAAUACUACUACUAUUAUUGACUAACUACUACUACUACUACUACUAUUACUGCUACUACACUACUACUACUAGUAAUUACUACUACUGCUACUACGACUACUACACUACUACUACUACUACUACUAUUACGGCUAACUCUACUAUUAUUAACUACAUCUAUUAUACUGCUACUACUAUUAUUACUACUCUGCUACGACUACUAUAAGACUACUACUGUCUACUACUAACUACUACUAGUAAAUACUAUUAACGAAACUACUACUCUACUCACUAUUCUACUAUUACUACACUACUACUACUACUACUCUAUUAAGCUACUACUACACUACUAAUAUUAUUAGACUACUACGGCGACUACUACUACUACUAUACUACUACUCAUUACGGCUAACACGACUACUAACUAACUAUUCUGCUACACUACUGACUACUCGAUUAUUACGAUUAUGCGAAUCUACUACUACUAUACUACUACUAAUACUAUUAUUAACUAUAUGAAUACUAUUACUACACUACUACUACUACUACUACUACGACUACUACUACUACUACGAAUUACUGCUAACUACUAACUACUAAUACUAGUAUGACUACUACUGCUACUACUACUCUACUAGCUACUAACGACGACUAAGACUACUAUUACGCUACGACUAAGACUACUAACUACGAUUAUACGACUACUGCUACUACUACUACUACUACUACUACUGCUACUACGCUACGACUACUAACUACUCUACUACCGUGCUAUUGACUACUGCUUACUACUACUACACUACUACUACUACUACUACUACUAUUACACACUACUACUAGACUACUGCUACGACUACUACGAAACUGCUAACUACUAUAACACACUACGACUACUGACUACUACUAUAGUACUAUAUUACUACGACUACGAAUAAUAUUACUACUAUUACUACUACUGAUACUAUGAUUAGCACUAGACAAAUAAUACUACUAUUACUACUACGACAAUACUACACGACUAAUAUUAUUAAUUAAUACUACUACGACUAUAAUCCAAACAACUAAUAUGCGACUAAGACUCCUACUACUACUCUACUAUACUACUCCAUGCACCAACUUUUGAUAACACCGUCGUCAGAGCUAGGAUGAACUAAUCAACUGUCUUUAUAUCUGUUAGCCAGCUAAAUAACAAGCCUUGUUCUGAAUCACGCUUCAAGUGUGUGGCAGACCCAUUGACAUAAAUUAAUUUGGGAUAGGCAUGCGAAGUACUCUACUGUCAAGUGAGGGUAGAUAGGACAGUUGUGGAGGAGGAUAAGUAGGUACAGAGUGUUUAAUCAGUCUAUUCUGAACUCAAGGAGGUUGUUUAGACGUGCCUGAUGAAUGCAGUGAUUUUGCUCACGCUCCUCUCUCCAAACCGUUCAAUGCGCUGUCUCGCUCUGAACAUCUCUCUCGCCUCCUUUCCAAACCGUCUCAAUGCUCUGUCUCGCUUCUAACAACUCUCAGCUCUCCUAUCAAACCGGAUCAAUGCAUUGUCUCGCUUCUGAACCAACUCCAGCUCUCCUAUCCAAACCGGCUCAAUGCUCUGUCUCCUCUGAACCAAAUCUCAGCUCUCCUAUCCAAACCGGCUCAAUGCUCUGUCUCGCUUGAACCAACUCUCAGCUCCCAUCCAAACCGGUCUCAAGGGUCUCUCGCUCUGAAACCAACUCACUCUCAUCACAUAAGAGCCAUAAUGAGACUGGCUUCAUCGGUGAGGUGUGUGUGUGUGUGUGGUCUGUGGUUGUUGGUGUUGUGUGGGGUUGUGUGUUGUGUGUGUGUGUGUGGUGUGUGUUGUGUUGUGUGUGGUGUGUCGUUGUGUGGUAUGUGUGGUGUGUGUGUGUGUGAGUGGGGGUGUGUUGGUGUGGUGUGUGUGUGUAUGGUGUGUGUGUGUUUGUGGUGUCUGUGUGUGGUGUGCUGUGUGGUGCGUGUGGGGUGUGUCUGUGUCGUGUGUGUUGUGUGUUGUGUCGUGGGGUGUGUGUGUGUGUGUGCGUGCGUGUGUGUCUGUGUCGCGUGUGUGGUGUGUCUGGUGUGUGUGUGUUUGUGUGUGUCUGUGGUGUGUGUGUUUGGUGUGUGGGGUUUCGUGUGUGUGUGUGUGUGUGUGGGGUGGUGUGUUUUGUGUGCGUGCGUGUCUUACCUGAGGGUUUUCUCCAACACCAUUAUUUGUUAAUACUGGCAGGCUGUUCUCAUGCUGUGAAUUGAACAUGAGUUCAACCUCUUUAUCUAAGAGUGGGUGUUGGCUGUAUUAUUUAGUUUAAAUAAUCCCUUUUUUAGGGAACGUUUACAUCUAGCUCCGGCUGUUUACUCCUGUGCACUGCACUACAUUCAGAUUCUAGGGAAUUUAAGGACUUUCUUUAAACCCCCACACAGUCGGAGUGGGAAGUUUCCCAGUUUGUCAAGAGAACCUACAGCAGCAUUAUACCGUUAAAACAGAACUGUACUGGUUCCGCUCACCAACAUGGGCAACGUGGUUCCUUCAAAUUUCCGUCCCCCUCCGCAGAAAGUGGCGAAGACGGCCGCAGUGGACAGACUGACGGACACCAGCAAGUACACGGGCCUCCCACAAAGAGCGCUUCGACGAGAGUGGGAAGGGGCGGGGCAAAGGGGGGCGGGAGGAGCUGGUGGAGAACACGGGAUACGUCGGCUCCUACAAGAACGCCGGAACCUACGAGGAGAAAAACCAAGGCCAA